ACACUGUUCUUCCCUCGGGAACCCUAUAAACCGUGUCGAAUUCGUUUCACGUCUUCAUCAGAGAUCAGAUUCAAAUUCCAUAUACAAGCACAUGAAUAUAUAUAUAUAUAUAUAUGCUUCGACAAAUCGUAAAUGCAAAUUGGCGAUACGGUGUUUGGUUGGUUGAUCUUGAAGCAUUUGAUCAGUUUCUAAUGUAAUUAGAGUCAGAUAGAACCGUUUUGAUUGAAAGUAAUCGAAAGUGAAUAGAAAAAAAUCAGAUGGCUUUAAUGGAGGAUUCGAUUAUACACCAUGUCUGCAUUGUGCUGCUUUUUCUUUGGCUACUUUCUUCCUUUAAUCGUUGUCACCCGAUCGCCUACUUUAUCUCUCUAACCUACCUUUUUCUGGUUCAUAAGCGGUAUGUUAAGCGAUUGCGGAGAAAACUACGAUUCGAAGAGAAAAGAAAUUCUAAUCAAAGACGAGUGCUCUCUGAUUCUGAAACUGUGCGGUGGUUGAACCACACAGUUGAAAAGAUUUGGCCUGUUUGUAUGGAACAUAUUGUUUCACAAAAAAUCCUCCUCCCUGUCAUGCCUUGGUUCUUGCAGCAGUACAAACCAUGGACUGCGAUAUGAGUGUCUACUCCCCUA